AUUACCAUCAGUCGACUUGUGCCUCAGUUGUGUGGAAGACUCUCUGUGUGCACGCCGAGCUCUCUCCCUCCAGACAUGACCUCGAAAACAAUACAGGAGCGUGGCAAGUGGGACAGCAAGACGGAGUUCAUCCUCUCUGUGGUCGGUGCCAUUAUUGGACUUGGAAAUGUGUGGAGAUUUCCUUACUUGUGUUACAAGAAUGGUGGUGGUGCAUUCUUUAUUCCUUACAUCCUGUUCCUUGUGACGUGUGGCAUUCCCCUGUUCGUCCUGGAGACAGCACUGGGUCAGUACACCAGUCAGGGGGGAAUCAUGUGCUGGAGGAAGCUCUGCCCCUUGUUUGAAGGCAUUGGAUACGCCAGUCAAAUUAUCCUUUUCUAUGGAUGUAUCAGCUACAUGGUGAUCUUGGCCUGGGCUUUCUUCUACCUUUUCUCCUCACUCUCUGGAGAGUUGCCUUGGGCCACUUGUAACAACACAUGGAACACAGAUGCCUGUGUGGUAUUGAACAACUAUAAAACCACUGCUAACUGGACCUCAUCACUGAAUAUGUCAUCAUCUGUUCUAGAGUUUUGGCAACGACGGGUGUUAAAUAUAUCCACCGGCAUCGAGGUCCUGGGAAAUAUACGCUGGGACCUUGCUUUGUGCCUUCUGCUGGCCUGGAUCAUCUGCUACUUCUGUGUCUGGAAAGGAGUGAGGUCCUCAGGAAAGGCUACCUACUUCACAGCCACAUUUCCCUUCGUCAUGUUACUGUUGCUGUUUCUCAGAGGAGUUACACUUCCUGGAGCCCUCCACGGCAUCAAGUACUACAUGUACCCCAAUCCUGCACGGCUCGCCGACCCUCAGGUUUGGAUGGAUGCUGGAACACAAAUAUUUUAUUCUUAUGCUAUAUGUUUGGGAUGUCUGACUACGUUUGGGAGCUACAACAAGUACAACAACAACUGCUACAGAGAUUCCUUCUAUCUGUGCUUAUUGAACAGUGGCACCAGCUUUAUUUCUGGCUUUGCCAUCUUCUCAGUUCUGGGCUACAUGUCACAAAAACAGGGCGUCGAUAUCUCGACAGUUGCUGAGUCAGGCCCCGGCCUUGUCUUCAUAGUGUACCCACAGGCUGUGACCCUCCUGCCGUGGCCUCAGGUCUGGUCUGUGUGCUUCUUCACCAUGAUUAUCUUGUUAGGAAUAGACGGUCAGUUUGCUGGGCUCGAGAGCAUCAUGACCUCUUUGGCAGACAUCUACCCUUCCCAGAUCCGGAGAGGAUACCGCAGAGAGCUUAUUCUGAUGCUCAUCUGUCUUCUGUGUUAUGUGUUAGGUCUCUUAUUGGUGUCAGAGGGUGGAGCAUACAUCCUGCAGAUCUUUGAUCACUACGUGUGCAGUGGUCCCACUCUGCUGCUGAUGGCAAUAUUCCAGUCAGUCAUCAUUGGGUGGAUUUAUGGUGCUGAACGCUUCAGUAACAACAUUGAGGACAUGAUCGGGUACAAACCUCUGUCCAUGUUCAAGUUCUGCUGGAUGUACGUGACCCCUCUCAUUUGCAGUGGCACACUUGUAUUUCUAGUCCUGAGAUACACCCCGCUGAGGUUCAACAACUCGUAUGUGUAUCCAUGGUGGGCUUACUGGAUCGGCUGGUUCCUGUCCUUAUCGUCUCUUUUAAUGGUUCCAGUCGUCAUGAUCUGCAAACUGGCCAGAGGGAAAGGGACUCUGUGGGAGCGUAUCAAGACGAGCUGCCGGCCUGCAGACGACCUUUCAGUGAUGACAAAGGAAAUGACAAACAUCUCUUCUACGCCACUUGAUUGCAAAGGUGAAAGAAAGAGCGAUAAUUAGUGGAAUGUCACUUUGACAGCAAUUUGUUUUCUUUCUUUACUUUUUUUCUUUUGAGGAAUUUGUACGGCACAUUGUUUACUACAUUAGAAUGAUUAGAAUUUGUUAGAGCUAUUUUUAUCUACUUUGUUUGGCUCCUUCUGAUUUGGGGAUUUUGGAUCAUUUGUCUUAUUUAGACUAGUUUUGUUGGUAUUUUCCUCUUUUAAUCAAUUGUGUUUUUUUUCUGUUAUUUUCUUGUUUGGCAUACAUAGUCGUGGUGAACUGGUGUUUUAUUUAUUCUUUUUUGGUUUACAUUGGAAAACGGGAACUUGAGGUCAUGUAUAGGACCAUCAUGCAACUGGUUGGACCUGUGGAAGCAGGAAACAUCAUCUCUUUGUUCUUCUCUAUGCUCGCUUGUUUUCAACACACUCAUCGAAGGAAAACUUGGAAGGUGCAUUACUUUGCCUGUAAACCACAUCCUCAUCAGUGGCUUUUGGAUUUUAUGUUGGAUUUAAGUUUGUCGCCACACCGGUAUUAAUACUUGUUUUACGAUGAGGUGAUAUAUUUGAAUAUGGUGCAGUUUAUGAAAUGUUUAUAUAAAUAUGUUGUUAGAUGACAUUGUGACAGAUACAGAAUAUACAAAAUAUUAGUUGCAAACUUUUUCCUGCAACUCACAUCUCGAAUACCUCAAAGUUAAUAGGAUUACAGUGUUCUUGAAUCUUUUAUUCGAUUCACUUGGAAAAAAAGGAAUUUUUUAUACUAUUGCUUCUAAUGGGUGGAGCAUUAUCAGAUGUUUUAAGAAGCCUGUUGUCAUCAAUGUGAUUGCUGCUGUGAAAGGCUCCUGACACUAUCAACACCAUCAUCAACAUUGUCUAUCAUUACUUGUUUUUCCAAGUAGACUUUCUUACUGUAAUGAUGUGAACUCAAUGUAAAAUGAGCCAAAACUAACUUUACACCAGCGUAGACUUCUAAAAAAUAUAUUGUUGGCAUUGUUAGUAUUCAAACAACUCUAUUUUAUUACAUAUAUUUUCUUUGUGAAAUCUUACUAUAUUUACAUAUUUAGCUAAAUAUGCAAGGACCAAGUUAAGCCAAAUACAUUUACCUCCUUGGGCCUUCAAAUGAGUAUCAAGCCAUUUGCAUUCACAAACCUUAUUGUGCCUUAAGCAUGGUUAUUUAUGACUUGAAACUUGUAUAAUAAAACUUUCCGGGGCAAAAUAUGUUCAUUUUCUAUGUGUAUGAAUGUGAGUGAAGGAGUGAACAAUAAAUGAUAAUCAAGCAUCAAUACUGAGACGCUGAGCUCAUAGAACCGGUCUGGGGGAUCUCCUAAAAAGACUUCAAACAGAAAAAUGUUUUAAAAGAUUUUGAGGGAAAUACUUGAUCUUUUUUUUUUUUUUGUGAUUGAUACCAGUGGAAAUUAAAGCACAUUUGUUUGCUACCUACAGGCAGAAGUGCAUUACCUGAAUCUGAAUUUGAACCAUUAAUAUGUCAUUUUGAAUAGCUCAACUUAAAUGAAAAUGAAAAUCUGAUUUCAAUUAAAGAAUUUUAAUAGUUUACCUUGAAUUACUAAAAUAAAAUCUGAAUCAGCAAUGAUCCACUGAAUAUGCACAGGAGUGUUAGUUCCUUCAAGCACAAACUGUCUCGUCAAUUAAAAAUGUAACAAAUGAAAAGUUCAAAAAAAUGUAUUCCAGAGCAAAUGAUGCAUUGCAGAAUAAGCAAUGCUGUAUUAUUAACAUCUUCAUUCUAC